CGCCAGUGCCAUAUAGUAUGCAGCAACCGAAGGAGUCACGUUGGGGGAACGGCAGAAAGCAGCUAUCCUUUUACACUACUUUGCUCUAGCAGCUAUCUUAAUGAUUGCAAGUGCGGCGGACAUCAAGCAGGAGAAUGGGAUGGAAAGCGCCUCGGAAGGGCAAGAGGCGCCGCGAGAAGUGGCGGGGGGCGCGGCCGCGGGGCUGAGCCCCCCGGCUCCAGCCCCUUUCCCCCUGGAGCCGGGGGACGCCGUGGCCGCCGCCGCCAGGGUGAGCGGAGAGGAAGGGGCAGUGGCGGCGGCGGCGGCCGGAGCGGCGGCGGAUCAGGUACAACUCCACUCGGAACUUCUAGGCAGGCACCACCACGCCGCGGCCGCCGCCGCCGCUGCGCAGACCCCACUGGCCUUCUCGCCAGACCAUGUCGCCUGCGUGUGCGAGGCGCUGCAGCAGGGGGGCAACCUGGACCGCCUGGCCCGGUUCCUGUGGUCCCUGCCCCAGAGCGACCUGCUACGUGGCAACGAGAGCCUGCUGAAGGCGCGGGCGCUGGUGGCCUUCCACCAGGGCAUCUACCCUGAGCUCUACAGCAUCCUCGAGAGCCACAGCUUCGAGUCGGCCAACCACCCGCUGCUGCAGCAGCUCUGGUACAAGGCGCGCUACACCGAGGCCGAGCGAGCCCGCGGCCGGCCGCUGGGCGCGGUGGACAAGUACCGGCUGCGCAGGAAAUUCCCCCUGCCCCGCACCAUCUGGGACGGCGAGGAGACGGUGUAUUGUUUCAAGGAGAAGUCGCGCAACGCGCUCAAGGAGCUCUACAAGCAGAAUCGCUACCCUUCGCCCGCCGAGAAGCGGCACCUGGCCAAGAUCACCGGCCUCUCCCUCACCCAGGUCAGCAACUGGUUCAAAAACCGCCGGCAGCGCGAUCGGAACCCCUCUGAGACCCAGUCCAAAAGUGAGUCAGAUGGCAAUCCCAGCACUGAAGAUGAAUCCAGCAAGGGCCAUGAGGAUUUGUCUCCUCAUCCACUCUCCGGUUCAUCAGAUGGUGUCACCAACCUCAGCCUUUCCAGUCACAUGGAGCCAGUAUAUAUGCAACAAAUUGGAAAUACGAAGAUAUCAUUAAGCUCCUCUGGAGUUUUGUUGAAUGGAAGCUUGGUACCUGCAAGUACUUCACCUGUCUUCCUUAAUGGUAAUUCUUUCAUUCAGGGACCCAAUGGAGUUAUCCUUAAUGGAUUAAAUGUGGGAAAUACACAGACAGUAUCACUAAACCCAACAAAAGUGGCAUCAAAUAUUGCAAGUAAUGGUAUAUCCAUGACUGACAUACUGGGGUCUACCUCUCAGGAUGUGAAGGAAUUCAAAGUCCUCCAGAGUUCUUCAGCUAACUCAGAAGCCACCACUUCCUACAGCCCCAGUGCCCCUGUGUCAUUCCCAGGGCUGAUACCCAGCACUGAGGUGAAAAGAGAAGGCACUCAAACAGUGGCUUCCCAGGACGGAGGUUCUAUAGUGACGUUUACUACACCAGUGCAAAUUAACCAGUAUGGCAUUGUCCAGAUCCCCAAUUCCGGAGUAAAUGGCCAGUUCCUUAAUGGGAGCAUUGGAUUCUCUCCACUGCAGCUGCCUCCUGUCUCAGUGGCAGCUUCACAAGGUAAUAUUUCAGUAAAUUCAAGCACUUCAGAUGGGAGCACAUUUACAAGUGAGUCCACCACAAUCCAGCAAGGAAAGGUUUUCUUGAGCUCUCUUGCUCCCAGUGCAGUGGUAUAUACUGUUCCUAAUUCAGGCCAGACUAUAGGAUCUGUUAAACAGGAGGGCUUGGAGAGGAGUUUGGUAUUUUCUCAGUUGAUGCCUGUCAAUCAGAAUGCACAAGUAAAUGCGAACCUGUCUUCUGAGAAUAUCUCGGGGAGUGGCCUCCAUCCACUAGCCUCCUCAUUAGUUAAUGUAUCCCCAACUCACAAUUUUUCCCUGACUUCCCCUACCCUACUAAAUCCCACUGAGCUAAACCCUGACAUUGCUGAUAGCCAGCCAAUGUCUGCACCUGUGGCAAGCAAAUCUACUGUGACAUCUGUCAGCAACACUAACUAUGCAACUCUUCAGAACUGCUCCCUUAUUACCAGUCAAGAUCUAUUGUCAGUCCCCAUGACCCAGGCUACCCUUGGGGAAAUAGUUCCUACAGCUGAAGACCAGGUGAGUCACCCCUCCCCAGCAGUACACCAAGAUUUUGUCAGAGAGCAUCGCUUGGUUCUGCAAUCUGUAGCUGACAUAAAAGAGAAUUUCUUAACAAAUUCUGAGGGCAAAGCAACAGGCAACUUAAUGAUGCUGGACUCCAAAUCUAAGUAUGUCCUGGAGGGCAUGGUUGAGACUGUCUGUGAAGAUCUGGAAACCGACAAAAAAGAGCUUGCCAAGCUCCAAACUGUCCAAUUGGAUGAAGAUAUGCAAGACUUAUAAACUUUAUUGCCCCCAACCUUUUUUUUUUCUUCUGUCAUCAGCAGGCAAAUCUUUUCACAAAGCCCUGAGGACAUAAAGCAUUUUUCCAUUUAAAGGGAAACACUAGUUUUGCAAGUAAAUGCAUUCAAGAGACUUAGAGUUGAUCUGCAUGAAGAUCACAGUUAAAAUAUACAGGAGUAGAACUGCAUUACUGCAGCCUUUUUGUUCACAGAUGUUCUUUCCUAAAUAGAUGAAGACAAUGCAACAAGAUGAAAUGUAUCAAGUCAAAGUGUAUCAUUUGGUUGACUUAAUAUAAUUCUAAGGUCAAAUGGGACUUGAUAAAUAGUUUUUUAAAUUAAAAAUGCAUACAACUGACAUGGAAAAUUAAAUAUUGCUACAGAGCUUAGAAACAAUACAAACAAUUCUUUUUGUUUACUUUUCCUCCAUGGGCAUUGAUAAGGUUAGGAAGCAUAAAUGGUACUCCACAUUAUAUUUUAAGGGUAUAUUUUUGAAUAUAUGUAUUUCUGUUUUUCAGCAUUUUUGUGAGUCUUGGUUUGUCUCUGUACAUUUCCAAAUGUGAUUGCAAGUAGUUCAGUGGGGCUGAGAAAGUUUGCAACUCCACUAAAAACUCAAACUUCAGUAUGAGUGUAAAUAUAUUAGUCCUGUAAGCAAGUAUUGAGUAAUUAUAGUGAAUUUUAUUUAUGCUGUAUAUAUGUUUCUCUUAUACUUCGGACACUAGGAAUUGAAAAGGAAGAUGUUUUCUUACUGUUUAAUUUAUUUUAUUGUUCGAACAGGAAGUGAACAGUUAUUUCCAAGAAAGUUUUACUUUUUGUAGGAUUUUAAAAGUAAUGAUUUUUAUCAGGAGUCAAUUAAGGUCAAUAUUUAUAACACUGAAACAGGCAAUCUAACUCCCAAUAUUGGAAUUUCGGUACUUUUUUUCACACCCUUGUUCUUUAUUUAGCAAUCCAAUUCAUUUAAAUAUUUUUUUCUAUAGAAUUCUAUGUGCCUUUUUACCUUGUGGCCUUUUUAUUAUUCUUACUAAGGUACAAAAGUGUCAACAGAAGCACUGAUGGCUCUUUUCUACUAUCUAACAGGGUUAAUUACACCACAGAAUUGCUUUAAAUCUAAAGAAUUAAGUUUCAAUUGUAUUUUUAUGUAUAAUGUUUAUGAUGCAAAUAGAUGAACAACUGAUUAUUGUUGAUGCUUGUCAUUACAAUGAAAAAUAGCAACAAUUAUAGACUACCAUGUAAAAUUAAUCCUGUAGGCUAUGAAACCAACCCUCUUAAAGAAAGAAUAUAAAUUCUAUUGAGCACAUUCUGUCCUAUUGAAAUACUUAGUUCUCAAUGUUUGGAAUCAGUUGUUACAUUAUGACAUAUGACUGUUGUUUGCACUAUAUUAUCAUGUCUUCUUUAAAAGUAAAUCAUUUUUGGUUUCUCUAAGAAGCUUGUUUGAUAAUGUUGUGAGCUGUGGUAGUUUUUAUUAGGACUGAAUACAAGAUGUUAAACUACAACACAUUUAUGUAGUGAGUAAAGUCUCUGGUCCUCGCAAAACAAGAAAAGUGAGAAGUGGUCUCUUGAGAGAUGACUUAACAUUGUUGAACAUAAAGAUGUUACCACGUCUUGCUUUUUUUAAGAUCAGAACAAAGGGUCCAUUGAGAUCUCUACAUGCCAAGCAGCUGAGCAUGUUGAAAAAGGGCCGUAGAGGGUUUAACUUACGUUGUUAUUGCAGAUGGAACUUGCAGGCAUAGGUAAAGAGCCCUGUGAAGAAUUCCUCUCCCAUAAUUUUGAUAAAGAACUUAGAUCCCAUCUUUCAUUAGUGGAUGUUCCUAAACUGCUGAAACUACAUGUUUUUUGUUGGUCUUUUUUUACAAAGUCAGCUAGGUGUUUAUUAGAGUUCUCUUCCACUCCACCACUACUUAUACAGAUUGUUUCUUCCCUUUGGGUAGGUAGUGAUCAUGUUAUUGAGAUUAGUUACAUGAUUCUAGAGUGUAGUUUACAUGAAAAUUGUUUUCCACUUGAUUACUCUGAUCCUAAAAAAAAGAGUUUGUUAGUUACUUAAGACUACCCAUCCAAUAAGGGAGAUGGGAAGGUUUAGAAAGUUAUAUAUAUUAUAUAUAUAACUGGAAAAGUUCUUUAUGUCUUCCAAAAAUAUAAUAAGCCUUUUAUGCACCAUUCUUCCUCUUUUCUCCCUUAAGAAAAAGAAAAGAUAGCACAAAACUUAAGACUUACCGAGGAAACCCAUUCAUAUUCCCAACAAGAUGUAAUUAUACCCCUACAAUUAUUGCAGGUAGCUACACAAUAUACCAGGUAAGAAUCAGUGCACAUUAUAAAGAACUAUUGUUCUUUUCUAUUCUUAUUCAGUAAAAUAAGCCCAUAUACAUGUGAAUGAAAUAAGGUAAACCCAUGAUCUCCUUGCACAGAAUUGCAAAUGUUUUUUGCAAUCCCAAGGGCCAGACUCAAAACUUGGAGUUCAUGUAGCAGAAUUUCUCUCUUACAUAAACCAGUGCUUGAAGAUGCUGCAAAUGACCCUCUAAUGAUGCCCAAAGAGGAAUCAGAAUAGGGGUGAAUAACUCUCCCUGCAAAUGCCAGCCACUGCUGCUGGUUGUGGGAUUUUUGGUGUGAAGCUAUCUAUGCACUCUAUUAGCCAGAAUUUGGCAUUUAGCUCUUAGUUACAUCCAGUUAAAGUACAGUCUCUCAUUUGGAGAAGGUGCAUUUGUUCCUUAAGCAAGAGCACCUGUGUGGUACUGCUUUUAUAGCUCAUGUAUAUUUAUAAUAAUGAAAAGACUGAAUUGUACAUGUUUCAGUGCCUUUCUUGUUUUAUGAAAGGCAGGUAGAUGUUAUAGCCAUAGAUAAAAAUCUGUAGUUAAAUUGCACACUGACCUUAAAUCUCCCUGUAUAUGCCCUUGCAUCUUGCAUGUUAAACGUUGGAUUAUUGGGCAUGUGUUGCAGUCUGCCCUGCUACAUGUCAGACAAGUGUGCAUUAGGACAUAGCCAGAAUUCUUUAAAAUGUUUUUGACAGAUCAUCUCAUCAUAAGAAUAUAAAUAAUUCAGGAGAGUUGUGGGAAAAAGAAUUACAUUUACAAAAGAUGUUUCAAAGUCUUCCUAGAAAUUAGAUAAUAGAGCUUAAUAGUUAUUUUGUAUCUAGUUGAUACAUUUCAUGUUAAUAUUACCACCAUACAUUCUAUUAAUCAAAAUGAUAUAGCAUGUGACUUUUGGCUUUCAGGGUUCUCAAAAAAUUUGUAUUUUGUUGCAUGUACUGUAUGUUUAGAGGCAACCAGUUAUAUACUCACUAUGGUUUUACUGUGCCUUACACAAAGGAAAUCUAUACAGAAUGUAUAUCAUGGGGUGGGGUAACAGAGUCUUUACUGCACUGUUAGGUGAUGGCACACAGAGCAUGUCCCAGAACAUUUCUGUGCUUAAUUACCCAACCAAAGAGAUCUAAAGUAUGUAUGUUGUACUGUAAUAGGGGUUUAUGCCUGGACAAUUGUUUUAUUUGUUUUCUGAAAUGAUGUGAACUUAUUUUUCUAAACACUAUGCUAAAUAAACUUUAUAUUUAUACAUAUA